AUGACAGCUGGUUGGGCCGCCGUGUGGUUCACUGCGGGUCUUGUUUUCAUCACUGUGAUCGUACUCAGGAUCAUAAGAGGAACAAGUAUCGUUGCUCCAACCAGUGGGAAACCACCUCCACCUGUGGUGAAUGGUCUUGCUUUUCUGGGACUUUUACCUAGACUUCUUACAAUUGACCUUCCAGCUAAGAUAAACUGCCUAUACAGUAAGUAUGGCAGUGUGUUCACAGUUAGUCCUUUUGGACUAUGUAAUGUGACCUUUCUGAUCGGGCCGGAGGUCCAAGCUCACUUCUUUCAAGGGUUGGAGUCGGAGAUUAAUCAUGGCAAUCUUCUUGAGUUCCUUGUACCCAUGUUUGGACAAGAGGUAGGUCAAGGCGUCGAUGCGGCCACUCGGACUGAGCAGUCCCGCUUUUAUCUUGAUGCAUUGAAGCAAUCCAAAUUGAGGAGACAUCUUGAGUCUAUGCUUCAAGAGGUGGAGGGCUACUUUGGCAAAUGGGGCCAGGAGGGCAUAGUUGAUUUAAAACAUGAGUUUGAAGAGUUACUCAUGUUGAUAUCAAGCCGAUGUCUACUAGGAAAAGAGGUUCGGGAGAAGAUGUUUGAUGAGUUCUAUAAACUAUUCCGUGACGUCGAAAACGGAGUGAACAUGAUCAGUGUCUUCUUCCCAUAUAUUCCAAUUCCAGCAAACCGUCGGCGUGACAAAGCACGUCUGAAGCUCAUAGAAUUGCUCUCCGAAACUGUGAGGUCACGGAAGAGCUCAGUUGGGGCCGAGGAAGACGUGCUACAGAGAUUGAUAGAUUCCAAGUAUAAAGACGGCCGCUCCACAACCGAAACAGAGGUAACCGGGAUGAUCAUUGCAUUGAUCUUUGGUGGAAAGCACACAAGUUCCCUUGCUUGCACUUGGACUGGAGCUUCAUUACUCACUCAUUCAAAGUUCUUAGCAGCUGCAUCCCAGGAGCAAAAGGAAAUCAUGAUGAAAUACAACAAUAAAAUAGAAUAUGAUGCCUUGCUAGAGAUGAAUAACCUUCAUAGUUGUAUUAAAGAGGCACUUCGGAUAAAUCCGCCAACAACAAUGUUGGUUCGCAAGGCACUUAAACAUUUCACAGUGCGCACUAGACAAGGCCAAGAGUAUGAAAUUCCCAAGGGGCAUACUCUUGCAAGUCCCAUAAUACAAAACAAUAACAUGCCUUACAUUUACAAGAACCCUCACUUGUAUGAUCCAGAUCGGUUUGGUCCCGCAAGGCAGGAGGAUGUAGUUGGCGGCAAGUUCUCUUACACAUCUUUUGGUGGUGGAAGGCAUUUUUGCAGUGGGGAUGCCUAUGCUUACAUGCAAGUUAAAGUUAUAUGGAGCCACUUGCUCAACAACUUUGAUCUCAAAUUAUUGUCUCCUUAUCCCAAGACUGAUUGGAGUAAGUUAAUCCCAGAGCCUAAAGGAAGUAUGAUCGUCAGCUACAAGAGACGUCCACUGUUGGGUUAGCUUGCACCUACUUGAUUAUAUAGCAUUUGCUUGAGAGUAUUGACAUGUAUGCUUGUGUGUUUGUGUGGGUCUAUCACUUAUAUUAAUUAGGAUGGAUGUAUCUUUUUAUGAUUGUAAUCAUUUUCAGUAACCCGUG